GGCCUGGUCGCUGGAGGAUUUAUAGGUCAUCCGGGAAACCCGCGGAGUCCUCUGCGCGCCGCCGGGAGCAGGGCCUGUCUGGACAGCGGCCUCUCGCCCUCGCCCCGGCCCUGGGGGAAAGCGCCGGCGCAGCGGCCCUCCCGCACUCGCGGAACCUCCCGCGGCCGCUGUCGCGCGGCCUGCGUCGCAUCUGGUAGUUACUCGACCGCGGCCAUGGCGGCCGCGGGGGGCGCCCGGCUCCUGCGCGCCGCCUCCGUGGCCCUGGCCGGCCCGGCCUGCCGGUGGCUGCUCCUCGCCGGACCCCGUGCGGGAGCCGGUGGCCUGCGGGGGAGCCGGGGGCCGGGCAGGACCCCCGAGCCGGGCCUGGGCGGCGGCGCGGGGACGAGCCGGCCUCUGAGCGUGUCGGCGCGGGCGUGCAGCAGCUCAGAAGAUAAAAUAACAGUCCACUUCAUAAACCGCGAUGGUGAAACAUUAACAGCCACAGGAAAAAUUGGUGACUCUCUGCUAGAUGUUGUGGUCGAAAAUAAUCUAGACAUUGAUGGUUUUGGUGCAUGUGAGGGAACUUUGGCUUGCUCUACUUGUCAUCUUAUCUUUGAAGAUCAUGUAUUUGAGAAGUUAGAAGCAAUCACUGAUGAGGAGAAUGACAUGCUUGAUCUGGCGUUUGGACUAACAGACAGAUCACGGUUGGGCUGCCAAAUCUGUUUGAAAAAAUCUAUGGACAAUAUGACUGUUCGAGUGCCUGAGUCAGUGGCCGAUGCCAGACAAUCCAUCGAUAUGAGCAAGAACUCCUAAGCUAGAAUAAAUAGGAAUAUUUUCAAAAGUUUACCUAUUUUUAUAAUUAUUAUUUCAUAAUAUAAUUAAAUGAGAACAUGGGUGAAUGAAUUUAUUAUUAUGACUAGCUUUACUAUUGUAGUUCAUUUUGUAGAACUAUUAAAUUUUGUAGUUCUGAAAGUAUGCAAUUUUUAUUUUGGUUAGUUAUAAAAAUGUCAAUCAAAUAUUAGAAAAUAGUUAAUAUGAUAAAAUCUUACAUAUUUUACCUUAUGUUUCUUUAGCAACUUUAGCAAAAUGUUUUCACAUAAUCUUAUGUCUGUUUACCUAGAAGGUAGGUUAACAACAACAACAAAAGGUAUUAUUAUCCUUGUUUGUAGAGAGGACAGAGAGCUAAAUUGGCUUAUCUAGGGCCAGACAACUAAUUAGAAAGUGCACCAGAACUUGCGUCUUGUCACUACAAGUCAUAUGUUCUGACUGAAAAAAAAUCUCAGACUGAAACUGAAGAAAUUAUGAAUAUCUUAUUUUUAGCAGAAAUUACAUGGGAGUAAGUAUGGGCAGAAAUAUUGGUGAACUGCUUGAUUUCAAAGAAGUUAGCGUUAUAAAAAAAAUUUCAAAAUUUUGAUUCAGUGAGAAGUGUAAGUCUGAACACUGGCAGAAAAGUUUGAUCUCUUCUGACCAAAGUAGAGGAAUAAAGUAAAAUUAGAUGUCUUUUUUCAUUUCUGUUCUAAGCAGAAUGGUCUCUCUUUGUAAUCUUUCUAAAGUAAUGCAGAUUUAUAGAUCUCUGCCUGUAACAGAAUGGAAAUCUUAUGAAUUAGGCUUCUCUGUCCUAAACCAGAGAAGGGAAUGAGCAGGCUGCUGUACUGCACAGCCCCAGGGGCGCCGUCCUCUCACGCAAGGACGGAGCUUCAGGGUGAGACGUCCCAAAGAAGGAAUGUUCUCAGCACCACCCGUUACCUGCUUUGUGUGGAAGACGUUUGUAUCCUUAUCUUUACUAUCAAUGAAUUCAUGAAACAUAAUAAAGAGGUGCACAGUAUGUGCUUUAGAAAUAUAAAAUAUCAACUAAUUUGGACUAAUGGUGAAGAGCAGAACAAAUUAGUUUUAAAAAAAAAAGAAUUAUGACAAGUGAGUUAGCUUUCAAGUACAUCACUGCAGUUUGAUAAUUUGUAUAAAUAUUCCUCAAGUUCAUACAGCAUUAUGUUAUGCCUGCUGGAGGAUGCCAAAGUGAACAAGUCAAGGAGUGCCCUCAGGGAGCUCACCUUUUAUUAGGAAAAGAUAAAACAUGUAUGCACAAAUAUUUUCCCUGAACUGACCAAUUGCCAAAUAGAAUUUUAAACUAAUUAAUAUGUAAAAAGUGAUUAGGAAGAACUUGAGGUGUCUAGUGUUCAGUUGACUCUUAAUAACUCUAGAAUGCUUUUUAUGUGGAGAGUGCUAUACUUUUUUUUUUUUUUUAAUAAUCUCAGUUGGUUUUAUUACAAUUCUAGAAUUGGGCAACAUAUCUUUCCAUAAAAUAGAGUAAAUGUUCCCGCAUGCUAUGCUUUUAAAGUACUUGGUAGCAAUUUAUUCUCUGAAUUAGCUUCAGUAUUCUUGUAUUCUUGCGUAGAUUAUCUAAACUCUUUCUAGAGCUACUUUAAUGAUAUCCAGCCAGACGGUCUAAAAUUUAGUCUAAAUUGUCUCAGAUUUCAAAUUAGAAAAGUUCAAAUUAAUGAUGUUUAAUUGUAUUAUGUAAAUAAAAUCUUCUAAACUUAUCAAAUGGAGGAUAGUCUAUAAUUGAUUUGUAUAAAGGUUAUUUUCCAGUUUGAAAAAAACAAUCCUUUCAUAUUUUGUGCAUGUACAUUCUAGGUAACCAUACUGCUUUAUCUAUUACUGCAAAACAGAUUAUCUGAAAACUUAGUGGCUUAAAACAACAGUAAUCUUUUGUUAUCUCAGACAGUUUCUGUGGGUCAGAAAUUUAGAGAGUGCAGAGCAGGGACAGUUUGUCUCUGAUCCACAAUGUCUGGGGACUCAGCUGGAAGAUUCGAAAGUCAGGUGCUGGAAACAUCUGCAGGCUUAUCCUUCAUAUGACUGGCUGCUGAUGCUGUUGUCACCUGGGGGUCUGUUAGGGAUUCUUGGCAGCAACCCUCACACAUGGCCUCACCAUGUGGACUGGGCUUCCUCACAACAUGGUAGCUGGGUUCUAAGGCCAAGCACCCUGAGAAGAGAGUGCACGCACCAGGCAGAAGUUGUGUCCUCUCUGUGACCUAGUUGGGGAAGCCACACAGUAUCACUUCCACCAUUCUUUUCAUUAGAAGUGAGGCACUAAGUCUGGCCAUCAUUUGAAGGGAAAGAGGAUGUCAAAGAAUUUGUAGGCGUGUUUUAAAGCCAUCACAGUAACUGCUGUUUUCAGGUUAACUUACCAGCACUUAUUUCCUAUGAAAAGUGGCCUUUUUACUAAGUGUUCUAAACUUUUUUAAGAGGAGCUAGGUUUUCCACUUGUAUUAUGUUUUAAAAGAUUCUUGUGUCUUGUUAUGAUUGUUCAUUUGUCUUAUAACUCCAAACAUUUCUCUUUUUGACUUGAUUUAAAUGAAAGGGAAAAAUGGUGGGCUCCCUUUCAAUGCUGUGUAAUUUUGGUUUACCUUUCUUAAUCAUUUUGACAUCAAGAAAGGCAUCUUCCUUUGCUAUACUACUUUAUGUAAUUGCUGGUUAUAUGCUAAUACUUAAUAUUGUAUUUCGUUUUCACAGGUAAAACCAACCUAUAAUUACAUAGGUAAUUCAGAACCACUGAAUUAGUUUUUUAAGUGAACAAUUCUAAGAGUUUCUAAAAUCUUUUAUCUAACUUUCACUGUGAAAUAUUGUCUAAUUUUUCUGUCUUAAAAGGCAGCUUUAAAGAGGAAUUGGUAAAAGGAUAGGAAAAUCAACUACAUUGUAUAAUGAUAAAUUAAAAAAUAAAAUGUGUACUCUUAAAAAAAGA